AGGAGUCUCGGUAUUUUUAUCAGCUUUGAUUGAUGGCAAGAAUUUCAACCAAGGGGGCCAUAAGAUUGGAGUAGCUCUGGAACUGGAGGCUUAAUGCAUUUUGUACUGUGGUCUUUUGACUGAAAGAUAUGUGAAGCUUGAAGAAAGUAAAGUAAUUAAUAAACAAGGUGAUCAAUUUUUAGAGCAACAGACUAUUGAAAUAACAGUCAAGACUUCCUUGAGCAUGUGAUGCAGUUCCGCCUUGAAUUGAAUCAGCUUGGAUCACCUUAUACUUGUGGGAAGAAUGAACAUGUAAUAAAAGUAAUCAUCUCACUACUCAGUAAAUAAAUAUACUGUAGUCCAGUAAAAUGCUAUUUGCUUCAAGGUAGGUGGUAUACAAACUUCAUAUUUUAAAGAAAUGGAAAUCCAUUGUUGCUAUUUUGGACAACCAUGUAAUUAACUUUGAGGGAAGUUUGUGUAAAUUACUGUAAUGAAUUUGUACAUUAGAUAUAUCGAGUGAAAGAAGCUUUUGCCUGUAGAGACUAUGUAGACACUGUAUUAAGCUUUGGUAUGUGUAAAUGAAUCCACAUUUUCUUCAAUCUUCACAUCUUUUCUUUGGAUGAAAUGAACAUCUUUGUAAGGUCAAAACUUGAAAAUGUGCAAUAGAUCAAUAUUGGGAACAUUUAUAAAGACCAUGGGGAGCUUUUUUUUUUUAAACACAUUUGUCAAGACCAGCAGUUAAUGUUGCCUCACAUCAAAACCCAAUUCUUAGACCCAGUUAUUUUGCCUUGUAGAAGAAGAACCUUCCCUGAGGAAGACCUCAAAUUCCUCAGUAUUAGUGAACAUUAGUUUCUAUUGGGAACUGUCUCAUUGUAGAUUGUAAAGACAAAUUCAGUGAGACUUGUUUUCAAAUAUGCUGCAUGAUCAGGAGUGACUACCAUGCCUGCAAGGAGAGAAAGGAUGGUGAAUAAAUAGCAAAAGGUUGUAACUUGUAUGUUUCAGAUUAAUUAUUUUGUAUUUUAAGUUUUGGCGAAUAAACAUUUCCCAUUGAUCCAACA